AAUCUUCUUAUAGACACUCCUGCGAGAGAACUAAUUGAGAUAAUUUGCCCUUGCAGUUUUCCUCUAGCUCCGGGAAAUGGCGGUGUGCGAAUCCCAUGACUCUUUGCCGAGAGUUCAGCUGCUGUUCUUCUUCAUCCUUCCUCUGCUCCUCUUGCAAGGGAGGGUUGCAGCUCAAGUCAACGCUACAACAGACCCAAACGAAGUUUUAGCACUGAACACUAUCCUAGAGAGAUUGGGUUUGAGCGCAUCAUCUCAGUGGAAUUUCAGCGAUAACCCAUGCACUGGUGUUGCCAUCGAUCAAACUCCAAUUAAUAAUCUCAACCCUGGAAUCAAAUGUGACUGUACUUACAACAACAAUAACACUUGCCAUAUCACUCAUCUGAUGGUUUAUGCCUUAAAUGUGUAUGGACUUGUCCCCGAAGAGCUACAAAACCUACCCUACCUCUUUGAUUUAAAUUUAGCGCAAAAUUACUUGACUGGAUCUCUACCAGCUGUCCUAGGAAAUUUGACUAACCUGCAAUCCUUAAAUCUAGGCAUUAAUGCCUUAUCGGGGCCAAUACCGCCGCAACUUGGGAACCUUCGAAGACUCGUCACAUUGAGUAUUUCAAAUAAUUACUUCAACGGUUCAGUCCCUCCUGAGUUUGGAAAUCUCAGAAACUUAGAACAAUGGUACAUGGAUAGUUCUGGACUUAGUGGCGAGCUACCACAAAAUCUAUCCAAUCUCAGAAACCUACACACAGUGUGGGCUUCAGACAAUAAUUUCAUUGGAAGAAUACCUGAUUACAUUGGAACAUGGACAAACCUGACAAUCUUGAGGUUCCAAGGCAACUCCUUUCAAGGUCCAAUUCCUUCAAGCUUUGCCAACCUAAUUCAAAUGAUCGAUUUGAGAAUAGGUGAUAUCUUGAAUGGGAGCUCUUCAUUAGACUUCAUUAGUAAUAUGACAUCUCUAAGCACCUUGGUACUAAGGAACAACAAGAUUUCUGAUACAAUUCCAUUGAACUUUCAGCCAUACAAUGGAUUGACUUUUUUAGAUCUGAGCUUUAACAAUAUAACUGGCCAAGUUCCUCAGUCGCUCUUCAAUCUGAGAUCACUUGCUUUCUUAUUUCUUGGUAACAACAGCCUCACGGGUUCCUUACCUCGGCAAAAGAGCACUGCACUAAUGAACAUAGAUUUAUCAUACAAUCAGUUAUCAGGAAGCUUUCCAUCUUGGGUUAGCCAAGGAAACUUGCAAUUGAAUUUGGUGGCAAACAAUUUUGUGAUUGAUGAUUCCAACAAUAGCAACUUGCCUUCAGGGUUGAACUGUCUUCAGCGCAGUAUUCCAUGCCAUCGUGGUUCUCCAAUCUAUUCAUCCUUUGCGAUCGAGUGUGGUGGCAGUAGAGUAAUAAGAUCUUCUGAUAACACUGUCUAUGAGAUUGAUAACGCAAAUCUCACAACUGCAUCAUACUAUGUGACUGAUUCAACCAGAUGGGCAGUUAGCAGUGUUGGGCACUUUAUGGAUGCAGCUGCUCCUUCUUAUGUGAGGACCAGCCAAUCUGAAUUUCUUGGUACUCGAGACACAGAAUUGUUUCAAACUGCAAGGUUGUCUCCAUCUUCACUAAGAUAUUACGGUCUUGGUCUUGAGAAUGGAAACUAUACCAUUAAGCUUCAAUUUGCGGAGAUUGCGUACCCUGACGUGUUCCCUGACUUCCCUUACUUGGCUACUUGGGAAAGCUUGGGUACAAGGCUCUUCAAUAUUUAUAUUCAGGAUGAUCUAAAAGAGAGAGAUUUUGAUAUAAGAAAGCAGGCUGGUGGCAGGUCCAUUGUAGCUGUAUCAAAGGAGUACACAGUUCUAGUGACGGAUAAUUUCCUCGAAAUUCAUUUCUUUUGGUCCGGCAAGGGUACCUGCUGUUUACCAACACAAGGAUUCUAUGGCCCGUUGAUUUCAUCUAUAAGUGUAUCUCCUGCCUUCACUCCUACCGUAUCAAACAGACUGCCAAGUUCAAAGAAAAACCGUGCCGGUUUGAUUGCGGGUAUUUCAGUUGGAGUUCUUGUUCUAGGAUUGUUGGCUCUAUGUGGAGUUAUUUUCAUCAGACAGAGAAAAAGAAUAUUAAAUGAGGAAGCAGUGUUAACAGGACUAGAUGUGAAACCUUUCGUCUUCAGUUAUGCUGAGCUAAGGGCUGCAACUGAAGACUUCAGUUCCUCUAACAUAUUGGGGGAGGGAGGAUUUGGCCUAGUGUUUAAGGGAAUACUGAACAAUGGAAGAAAAGUAGCUGUUAAGAAACUCUCAACCACGUCUCACCAAGGAAAGGGUCAGUUCUUAACAGAAAUUGCAACUAUAUCUGCUGUGCAGCAUCGAAACCUUGUAAAAUUACACGGUUGUUGUGUCGAUGAAGAAAAUCAGAUUUUGGUGUAUGAGUACCUAGAAAACCGUAGCCUUGAUCAAAUAAUUUUUGGGAAGAGAGAUUUGCAUCUUGAUUGGCCAAACCGUUUCAAUAUAUUAUUGGGUGUAGCAAAAGGUUUAGCUUAUCUCCACGAGGAAUCAAUUGUUCGAAUUGUGCAUAGAGAUGUCAAAGCUAGUAAUAUUCUACUCGAUGUUGAUCUUAACCCGAAAAUCUCAGAUUUCGGUCUAGCUAAGCUCUACGACGACAAGAUUUCUCACAUUAGCACAAAGGUUGCUGGUACAUUUGGCUAUCUGGCACCGGAGUAUGCUCUGAGAGGGCAUCUUACAGAGAAAGUUGAUGUCUUUGCUUUCGGAGUGCUAGCAUUGGAGGUUGUUAGCGGAAGGCCCAACUCUGAUCGACUUGAUCACGAGACAGUUUACCUUCUUGAAUGGGCCUGGAAUCUACUCGAGGACAAUCGAAAAUUAGAGGCGGUGGAUCGAAGCUUAGCAUCAUUUGACGAGGAAGAGAUCAACCGGGUCAUUGGAGUAGCUCUACUUUGUACCCAAGCAUCACCAGCGCAUCGACCACCGAUGUCGAGGGUCGUGGCUAUGCUUGUAGGGGAUCAAGAAAUCAUGGAUGUGACCGAGAGGCCUUCCUAUUUGCUCCUGUGGCAAUGUGCCGAGAAUUCUGAUGCUUCAUACCGAAGGCAUGUAACAGAGCGACCUAGCUUUCCAUUAUGGAGCACUGACAGUGUGAAAACCAGAAUUUUGUCUGUUCAAUCGACUGGCGAGUGUAGCAUUGAUGAGGGAAGGUGAACUUGAUCACCAUGGCUGAAACUUCUGUUAACGCAAGGUUCGACUCUGUUAUACUGAAUUCAUGAUCAUAUCAACUGAAAUUCUAAUUCGUGUGGCUUUGACAACA